CCAGGAGCUGGUGGAUCACCCCCAGCUGCAGCAGCCGCAGACAGUUCCCGUCUGAAGAGAGAGGCACAACCAAGCAGGUGAGAGAGUCAUCAUGCUGCAGCAAAUUUUGCGUGAUAUGUAUAUUGACCCUGAGCUCCUGGCAGAGCUGAACGAAGAGCAAAAGCAGAUCUUAUUCUACAAGAUGAGAGAAGAGCAGCUGAGACGCUGGAGGGAAAGGGAAGAAAAAGCCCGAAUGGAGGAGGCUGUGCUGAGAAAGACAGCAAGGCGCAACCAGAGUAACGGCAAACGCGUGCAGUGGCUGCGGGGCAAGGACGGUGAGGUCUGGGUCUGGGUGAUGGGAGAAGCCCCGGGGGACAAACCCUACGAGCAGAUCUCGGAGGAGCUCAUAGCAGAGCGGGCCAGGCAGCAGGCACAGAAGGAGGCAGAAGAACUAUGGAGACAAAAGGAAGCUGAAAUAACAAAGAAAUUCCGUGAUGCUAUGGCUCAAGAAAAAGCCAGAAUAGUGGCAGAAAAAUGGAAAAUAGAAAUGGAGGAUCGGAAAGCAGCCAAACUGGAGGAAGAAAAAAUUCAGGAGGAACUGAAGAAAAGAGAAGAAGAGGAAAGACAGAAAGGUGAGGAACUAAUCAGGCAGCAGGAAGAAAUCCGGGCAAAGGAGCUGUACCUGAGCCUCAAGCAAGCUCAGCAGCACAGUCAGCACAGCGACGAUGACCAGGAGUGGGAAGAACAGUUGCGCCGCUCCAAGGCUGCUGACGAGGAGAGGAGCCACAAAGCGCGCAGGGCGCGGGACGAGUACAGACGGCAGUCCCUGCGGGCCAUCCAGAAGGGAAGAGUGGCUGGCCUGAGUCAUUUGUUCCAGGGGACAAACCUGAGCAAUGAUCAGGAGAUCAAACUGAACAACAACAGUGCGAGUCCUUUGCUGUCUCCUGCAGUGUCCAGUAACAUCUGGGAGCGCCCUUCUCGGCCCUUCUCCCGAGACGUCAUCAUUCGCUGGUUCAAGGAGGAGCAGAUCCCUCGGCGGGCUGGCUUUGAGAGGAGCACCAACAGGAUUGCUCAGUGGUUCCAUGGCAUUAUCAGUCGUCAGGAAGCAGAGGAGUUGUUGAUGAAUAAAUCUGAAGGCGCAUUCCUGGUGCGAGUCAGUGAGAAAAUCUGGGGCUAUGCGUUGUCCUACCGCCAGCAAAACGGCUUCAAGCACUUCCUGGUUGAUGCUUCGGGGGAUUUCUACAGCUUCCUGGGGGUAGAUCCAAACCGACACCCAACACUCACAGAUCUGAUUGAUUUUCACAAGGAUGAAAUCAUCACAUCCUCAGGUGGGGAGCUACUCCUGGAGCCAUGUGGACAGCAGAAGAAUCCACCAGACUACAGCCCUUUAUUUGAAUAACUGAUCCAGGACCAA